AUGUCCAAUCAUCGGACAGUAUUUAAGUGUGGAUAGAGACUGACAAAUCCCAAAACAGGGGGGGGCGUGGUUUAUCGGGAUACGGGCGCAAAAUAAUAGGCUAAAGCCGUUAGCCUGUGUUUAGCCGGUUCUCCGGAGGAGAGAUGGAGGAUUAACGGGAAUCAGGCGUGAAUCAGGCCACGCACGCCCCACCGGACCUCCCCAUGGCGGACCUCGCGGUUUCUCUGCUCGUGCUCGCGGGAAUCGUCCUCGCGUGCGAGCUGGCGAGGCGCGCGAGCGCGAGGCUACUGUUCGGGGCCGGGGCAGGUACCGGCGCGUACGCGGCCGAGCUCAUCUCCACGCUGCAGCUGUGCGCGUGCACGCACGAGCUCAAGUUGCUGGGAGACGCGGGGGUCUCGCAGCCCCCGCCCGUGGCGCUCGCGCUCACAUACGCCACGGCAGUGGUGCAGGCGUUCACAGCGCGCGGCGCUACGUGCAACCCGUCCGGCGCGCUCGAGCGCUUCCUCCGGCGCCGGGACGGUGACUCGGACUCUAACGGUAAAGGAUGGCGAACUCUGGUUGCGCGCGUGGCCUGCCAGUUCGUGGCCGCAGUGGCGGCUCGGGACGCCGUGCGCCGCCUGUGGGCUCGCGGGCUCUCGGAGCUGCACGCGCGGCACUCGGCAUCAGCGUUCAAGUGCGCGAGCCCCGUGGGGAGCGCGCCCCUGCUCGCGGCCGCGGGCGUAGAGAUGGCAUGCGCCUUUGCUGUGCACGCCACCGCUUCGUGCACGCGCGGCUGGCGGGAGACGUUCAGGGUGCACGCGGUGGCGGCCGUGAUCACAGCGGCUGCCUAUGCAGGUGGAAGCAUAACCGGCUCAGUGACCAACCCAGCGCUGGCCUUCUCAACACAGUUCCCCUGCUCUGGCAGCACAUUCACAGAGUACAGCUUUGUGUACUGGAUGGGGCCAGUACUAGGCAUGGCAGGCUCAGUCCUGCUGUUUGAUAAAUUUAUUCCGGGUCUUUCUGCUGAGAGGAGAUCUCACGAGGAGCAGAUAUUCAACACUAUCCAGAGAAAGAGAAAGAAGAAGUAACUGAAGAAACUGGAGAAAAUGUUCUUACAGUCAGGACGUUAUACGUACAAGUUACGGUUGCACAUUUUAUGAAACUACAGCACAGAAAUGUAACGUUCUUGUUAUUUUGUCCCACUACUGUCAGUGUUUCAAUAGUCAACACAAUUUAACCGCUUAAACUGGAAGUGUCUGUAUGCGGGUUUCACACUUACGUUUCUCACUCUUAAACUACAGAGCUUAGAUAUUAGUUUUUUAGUGGAUAGUGAAUUUCAACAUAGAUACUAAAUAAUUUAUAGUAUUACUUAACAAUUAGGGAUGCAUCGAUGUGGGAAUUGUGGGCUGUUGCAGACAUCCGAUAUUACAUAUGUAUUAAUCUGCCGAAACUGAUAUAAACCUUUAUAAUUUACAGAGACACAACGGUAUAACUAUAAAACUUAUAUAUAUAUAUU